CUCUCCAUGUAUCAACUCAACAUCGCUGUUCAUGGCUUGCUGUCACUGUGUUCAGUGACUUCUUCUUCGCCGAUAUGACGGCGGUUCCCCUCUGGCCGCGAACUGGGGCCGGCUCCUCCCACGCCCCGACCAUCUUGGCAGUGGUUGGGACUUUGUCGGGUCUGUCCACGCUGAUCGUGCUGCUACGGUGCUAUGUGCGCGGACUGGUGCUGCGAAAGUUCAAUGCGGAGGAGUACAAUAUACUCGGGGCGUGGCUUUGCGCUGUGGGAGUACUCGUUUGCUUCGUGGUUGAAACCCAGCAUGGAGUCGGUCGAUACAACAAAGAUAUCUCCGACGAGGAUCUUGGGUACCUGGCCAAAGUGGUUUAUUUCCAUUCCAUUAUUGUCAUGGUUGGCCUUAGCUUGGUCAAGAUCUCCCUGGCGGUCUUCUUGCGACGAUUCGCGCAGAGUUGGCUGCGAAAAGCCUUGGUUGGAUCGAUUGUCUUCCUAAUCGCCUUCACUAUUGCUUGCGCCUUGACCCUGAUCCUUGAGUGUAUCCCUGUGGCUGCAGCCUGGGAUUAUAGUCUGAGGGCCAACGCGCGCUGUUUCGAUUCUGGUACUUUCACGGCCAUCGGACUGUGGAACAGCAUUACCAACCUCGUGACGGACGUCAUUUUCGCCACACUACCGGUGCCGAUGUUUAUCAAGAUCCAGGUCAACCUACGGACCAAGGCGUCACUGAUUGGGGUGCUGAGCUUGGGAUAUUUGGCUUGUGUUGCUGGAGUCAUCAAAAUUGUCGCUCAGAUCAAAGUGCUCAAGGAGACGGAUGUGUACCGGAAUGAUACGUUCAUGGUGUGGAACAGCGUGGAAUUGAAUGUCGCUAUCAUCGCAGCAUGCUUACCUAGUCUCAAGACCUUGGUCAAAUCGCUACUGGAUAGCACGCGCAACCUAACCAGCGGACGACGCAAUGCAUACGGCAAUUACUACCCCGAACAUUAUGGCCAACGCAGUGCCGACGUCACGCUCAAGUCGAUGGUGCCCCGAGCGCCCCAUUCGAUGUACAAUAUCACGGUGGAGGGAAGUUCCGAUGGAGACUCGAACAGCGCGCACAGUGGCAAUCGCGAGGAGGAUGAGCAGCGGCUGCAUCGCACGGAGCUUGGCAUCUUGAAAACCACCGAGGUGGUGGUGCAUACGCAGCAGUAG